AUGAUGACACCGCAUGCGCCGCUACAAAUGGUUCAUAACAAUGUCAAAAUUCCUUCUCUACAUCCGCCGGCAUUGAAGGCUUCGUCACAUGAAGGUUAUAUAGCCGAGUCAGCAGGAAUGGGCACCGCAGUUAGAGUUUCCCCUUCUGCAUUUUCAAAUUCACUUCAAAUUGGUGUUUAUGAUGAUGAUCUGAAGCCUGGUAUGCAUCCAGCCACUUAUGAAUACAUAUUGACAGGACUAGGCUCAUCCAUAUUUGCUGUUGAUCAAAGAGGUUAUGUCUACUUAAAUGUGCCGCACAUUGAUGCUGAUCCACCAAAUCCAUCAGCAUAUCAGCUUCAUAUAGAAGCUCGAGAAGUAAAUACGACACCAAUUCGUAGUAGCGAACCAAUAUCAGUAAUAAUACACGUUAUGGAUAUCAACGAUAAUCCACCACGCUUCAGUUCCUCUGUUUACAUGGCCAAUAUCAGUGCUAGUGGUGCUGAUCGACCUGUCAUAAAGAUUCAUGCAACGGACAAUGAUACUGGUAAAAAUGGGCAAAUAAGCUACCAUUUGGUAUCAGUAAGUGGUGAAGCGUACAAUAAUUUUCAAUACGACAGUUACGCGCAUCAAUUAAACGCUGUCGGAAAUUUGAAAGCUGGUGAACGAUAUGAAGUUGUACUGAAAGCGAUUGAUGGUGGCGGCCUUUCAAGUCAAACACUAAUAAUUGUUUAUGCUGUGCCUGAUAAUUUUCAAGAACUAAGAACCCUUGACCAGAAAAAGACAUCAUUCGGACGAAUACAAAUGGCUGGUUUACCCAACUUUUUAGUUGCCAAAUCGCCAAUUACAUCUACUGCAUCUGAAAGUAUCGACUCACCUGAAAUAAUCCGGACUUACGUUACUGAAAUAAGUGAAGCAACUCCACUGAACUCCAUUAUUAUUACACUUGGGAAUGAUUCAACAAAGGGACGAAUGUAUUAUAUGAUCAGCGGUGGAAACGAGGAUAACAAAUUUGCCAUCAUCAGUGAAAUUGGAACUUUAAUUACGAUGAAUUCAUUUGAUAGAGAAGAAACGUCAGUUUACAAUUUGCAAGUCGAAACACGUUCUUCAAAUUCAGAUGAACAUUUGUAUUGGACCAUUGUUCAGGUUGCUAUAGCGGACAUCAAUGAUAAUGCGCCAAUAUUCACUGACCCGCAACCAGUGCGACUGCGUAUUAAAAUCAGUGAUGAACUCAAUCUUACACCAAAUAUGUAUGUAGGACAAGUGAACGUAGAAGAUCCGGAUGAUGGCAACAACGGACGUGUAAGACUCAGAAUUGUGCCGCCUAUGGAUAAAUUGUUUUCAAUAAAUGACAGUGGUGCUGUAAUGGUAAAUGGUGUUUUGCUAAGCGGACAUUUUGGUGAACAUCGAAUGACUGUUAUUGCCGCUGAUCACGGUGAUCCACCUCUUGAAACUCGAGUCAAUCUAAUUAUCAAUAUUGAAGAUACUCUACAGAGUGUAUCAUUGAAUUCUAAUCAGUUGUCAACAAAAUCGAAUAGUUUGGUGCGUAUGAAUUUGACGCCGAAUAGUACCAGUUCUCUGCAAAAUGUACAAUUCACAUUCGAUUCUGCCAUAUCAGAGCAGAACUCACAUAAAUCUGAUCAAGGAGAAACAGAAGUUACGAGAAUUACUGAUUUAGUAACAAACACAGCACCAGAAAUCGUUGCUACAACAAUUGUGCAAACAGCAAUAGAAAAUGCGACGCUGCGAUUUGCCCCUGUGUUCGAUUCGCCUGAGAUUAAGGUUACUGUGGAAGAAAAUCAAGGAAACAUUGAACUCAUCAAGCUUCACGCCUAUUAUGUGGACAAUAAACCUGGAAGCAUCACAUAUGUCAUGCUUGCAGGCGAUUCAUCUCUUUUCAAAUAA